AUGGAAGGCUCAGGGAAGACCAAACCGGACCAAGUACUCAACAUUUGGGGCGCCAAAAGAAAGAAGAAUUGCGCCCAGUGCUACAGAAACUUAAGGCGUACGCUGUCGAGCAAAGAAGCCAGGAAAAGGGUGAAGAAGACCAGACCAGUCCGCAACCGCUGUAACCGGUCUUUCUGCGAGCAUUGCUUCAACGAGUCACAUAACAUAGUCAAU